AUGGCCGCGACGGCGUGUGCCUACAGCUACCAGGAUGGCGGGCCGGCGCAGGUUCGGCUGCCGGACACGUUCAUCGACGACGUCGAUGGCGCCGUCCAGAAGGCAGAACCGGCGCCGGCGCCUCCGCCGCCCCCACUGCCACGACCGUCGUCCAAGGUGCCCCCGUGCUUCCUGUCGCACCACCUCGACAUCUGCACCGAGGGCCUCGGCUCCGAGAGCUCCGGAGACAUCGAUCUCAGAGACCUCACUGACGACGACGCCUGCGUCGACGUCGACGUCGGGCAUGCAGUACUGCCGUGCAAGUGGCAGCAUCGUGACGGAGGAGGUGAUGGGGAGCCGGCAGGGAGGGCGAGGAGCGCCGCCAGGCCAGCGUUCCCGCCGCCGAUCUCGCUGAUCGGGGCCGGCGGGAAGCCCUGGCUCUACCUCCGGCCACAGCGGGGAGACGGCCGGCUCGUGCUGCGGGAGGUCAGGAUACCGUCACGGGAGCUGCUCCAGGCGCGCCGGGAGGACGGCCGGUUCAAGCUCCAGUACGCCCAGCCCCAACCGGACGACGAUGAGGACAAAUGCCAGGAGGCCCAGGGCCAAGAUCCAGCAGAUGCAAUGGCGCCAGAGAAGACGCAACAGGGGAACGAGAAAGAGUAG